AUGGCAGAGAAGAACUUAGAUCAGUGCACCAACCAAGCCUCCUUCCCAGUGGUUUCUUGGCAAGCUCCACCAGUGGACUGGUUCAAGAUUAAUUGGGAUGGGGCAGUCGACAAAGCCAAGGGACUGAUUGGAAUAGGAGUGGUGAUAAGGGACAGUUUUGGCCAAGUAAUUGUAGCAAUGAGGCAGGGGAAAAAGCUCUACCCUGAUCCUUUACUAGCUAAAUCAUAUGGGGCUCUACAAGCUGUCAAAGUGGCAUGGGAGAUUGGUUUGCACCAGAUUAUACUCGAGGGUGAUUCAUUGCAAGUCACAAAGGCCUUGGUUGAAGACAGAGAAGCACUGAGUAGUUCUAGCAUGUUCUGGAGUGAGGCUAGAUUUUAUCUUAAGUUGUUUGCAAAAUGGGAAGUUUCUCAUAUUCGGAGAAACGACAAUCAUAUAGCUCAUUUACUUGCAAAAGAUGCUCUUACUAUUUUUGAUCUCAUUAUAACUAUGGAGGAUCCUCUUACUUGUAUUGCAGCUUUUUUAUAA